GGGCCGAGAACUGAGCCCGACGGCGAACAUACCAUCCAAAACAUACCAUUUGGUUUGACUACUGGGUGACCUGACAGCGCGCCAUUAUGCGCGAGUAUCGACCCGCUUAGCAAUGGCCGACGCCGUCCGAUUGAGCGCUGAGAAGUUUCGGGAGAUCUACGAGCAAAGCUUCAGAGCGUGGUCCGGCAUUGGCCACGACGCAGCAGAGCAACCGGGGCUUCCGCACUCCUACCUCGACCUGCAAAGCGCGUUCCGCCAUUACCCCUCGUUCCCGCGCAAUCUGCGUCUGAAGCACGUCAAGUAUGCCAGGCACAGCCAGGUAUACGCGACAGGGCGUUCUGCUUGGGGGUCGACCAAGUCGGAUUGCGCGCCUGGGUUGCCGUCGUUCUGUCAACAGGUAGAGAUCAGCGUGGUUUCGAGAAGCCCUAUUCCCGUGUCCGUCCGAGCCGCGUCAGAGGAAGAGAUACAAUGGGGGUCAUGGUUCGCGCGGGGUGACGAGAACUAUCUUGCCGUGCUCAGCUUGGCCUGGGCGUACAUCCUGUCCGCCCGGUGGGUCGAGACGAUGCCCGAGGAUGUAUCGCUCGUCUAUACGAGCAGCACGGCUGAUGUUUUCACCCCGAACGCGCACGCUGCUGCUUCACCCGACCAGCUCAACGUCUUGGUGGAUAUCGGGGAUGCCGGUCCAGGCGAGGCUCGAUGGUGGGCGGCCAUCCUCGCCCCAGGCCAGGGCUGGCGGGCGACCAUGUCGAUGGGCGGGGAUGCCUUUCUCGCCCCUUGGUCAAUCCAGCUCCAGCCUGCCUGCCGGUUUCUCCUAUCAACAACAACAGACUCGAAAAACAUUGGAACGCAUUCGGCAGUGCCUCCCUCCUCUUCGGAAGCCCUCCGUUUCCUCGGCGACUUCUGUGCUCGCCACAAUAUCGCGGAUCAGAGUCAGGCUGCUCUUGCCGCCGUGCUGCUCUUCCCAUCCAUGAGAACCGGCCAAGGCUUGCAGCUACCAGCUCCUGCAAUCAGCGGGUUGGGUGACUCGAUGGGAGUUGCCUCUCCCUCCGUCCUACAGCCAAAACCACAUGGCUGGGCUCAGCAGGCCGAUGACUUAGACAGGCUCCUAACUCUCAGCUGCCACACCAGAGGAAUCCGUCCCAUGCUGCUAAGUAGCUUCUACGAUCCCAAUAUCGAAUGCAAUGCCGUUACCCCUUGGCUCCAGGGGGCGCUUGCAGCCAUAGCCGUUGUUGCUCGAGAUGAUCCCCUCAUCCUCGCGCGCAUGUUGAUGGACAGACAACCGAAAGUAGCCCCUCUCUGGCUCGGCGUCGCAGUCCUCGGGCUCCAAAAAGACCUCUUGAAGGACGUUGGCUUCGGAUACAUCCCAGUCGACCUCCAUUCUGCCGCCUGGUCGGGAACGGUACAGUCGUUCAUCCAGCUACCCGUCUCGGAUCCCGUCGUUGCAGAUGGCCGGGUAGCCAGGGCAGACCAGUGUCGGCUGCUCUAUCUCUCCCGGUCCGGCUCGCAUGACCGAGUGCCCAUCUGCCAGUGGAGACCGUUUGGGGAGACGCCGCUCGAACAUACCGAUAUCGAAAUACGGAACCAUGCCGAGUGCCAGGGCCACGGGCUUCGGUAUCAGGGGUUUACGUGGGACUGCGUUGACGGAGGGACCGCAACGCAGCAGCCGCUCGAUGGUGACGAUGCCUGGGCGUGCCCAAGCCCGUUGCUUGCGUCCCAACCGCAGCGCUCUAAACAAGCCCAGGUCAUUGACUAUGGGAAGCUGGACAUCAAGAAAGACUUUGUAUCGGAGAACGCGACCCGAAGUAUCUUCAGCUGGCUCCGUGUGGACGGGUUUGCUUCGGACGAAAAGGAUAUUUGGACCCAUGAGUGGUUCGAGGCAUGUGAGUCUGAUGAAGAGGUCGAGAUGCAGAGUAAAGGAAGCUCCGUCGACAUGGCUAGGCUUUCCUCAUGUGUGGAAACUUGGGUGUCUGAACUGCCUUGCGACGGCUCCCGCUCCCACAACAGGGAGAGCAUCCCGGACUCGGGAAACCAGAUUAAGUGACCAACGUGUGCGUGGAAGAUACCACCCCUCCGCUUCCGCCGACCGUUCGCGGAAAUGGCGCUCCGUCAGAUCCGACGUCCGUGCUCUGUCCGGAAGGAAUGCAUCUGCCGGCCCUGCAUGAUCGGACCCGGGACGGCCCGGAUAAUCGGCGGGCACCA